GCAGUCGUCCUACAGCUAAAUUCAAAGUCCUUGCAAGCCAGACCCUUCGUUUUUUAACCAAGUCGUCACGCUCUAUUGCUAUUCUCGUCCAAACACGCUUAAUUUAAAACCCGAAAGAAUAGGGUACCUUACAAAAUACCUAAGGCUGCCAUCGAUUGAUCGAUCGAUUGAACCUGUGUCAAUUAUUCGAAAACUUGCGAGCCUUUUUCGACUCCAUGGCUGCCUUCUUCCUCAUAAUUCUCUUCUUUACUGCAGCAUCCAUGUCUGCAGUAUCUGCCCAAUAUAACAGAGGAUCAAAUAUCUCCCUGAAUUCUUCCUUAACACCCACUGGAAACUCGACAUGGCUAUCGCCCUCCGGCAUGUUCGCCUUCGGAUUCUUCUCACCAAAUGACGGCACCUAUGCCAUCGGCGUCUUCAUCGCGGGCAUCCAAGACAAGACUGUGGUGUGGACACCGGAAAAUCCUGCAGCUCCGCGAGACGCCACUAUGCAGUUGACCAGCGACGGAACACUAGUUCUUGUUGUACAGAAUAGACAGCAAAGCCGGCGCACGGUUAUUGGUCCUCCCGGGGGGGCCAUUGGGGCAGCCUCAAUGCUCGACAACGGCAACUUCGUGCUCUACAACAGCAACAAUUUAGUUAUUUGGCAGAGCUUUGAUUACCCGACAGACACUCUCCUGUCGGGUCAGCAGCUUCUGCAGCCCAAGGAACUGUUCUCCAUGGCUGCAAAGAAUAGCUACACCAGAGGCAUCUUUAGGCUAAGCAUGCAGAGUGAUGGGAAUCUCGUACAAUACCCUAUCAACACCAAAAACACCUACCAGUUUGCUUACUAUGCUUCACGCACAGAUGGUACAGGCAACAAUGUCUCGUUAAACCUCGAGAACAAUGGCUAUAUAUAUUUGUGGAAUGGGAGUUCCAUUUUGGCAAAUCUCACAACAGGAUACCCUCCAGAAAGUUCGAUCUACCUCCUGAGAAUCGACGCAGAUGGAAUCUUCCGACUGUAUUCUCACCCGACGAGUCGGGAAGGAAACUGGACUGUAAAAUGGAGACCCAAUGUGGACAAUUGUGCCCCGAAAGGCCUAUGUGGUUUCAAUAGCUUCUGCUUCCUGAAAGACGAAACUGCUGAAUGUAGGUGCCUUCCAGGAUUCUCCUCUGUCCGGGCAGACAACCGAACUGCAGGCUGCGCGAGAAACUUCACAUUAGAAACAUGUGGAGACAAGAAUGGUUUAAAGUAUGCUAUUACAAGAGAGGAGAGUACCGAAUGGGAUAACAAUCCUUACGAAACUCUUAACUUGAUGACGGAAGAGGCUUGCGAGGCAGCCUGUCUAGAUGACUGCAACUGCGACGCGGCUUAUUACAAAGAUGGUGUUUGCUCCAAGCAAAGGACUCCACUAAGAUUCGGAAGAAGAACCCCGGGAGAUUUGAGCUAUACUCUCAUCAAGGUCGGGGUACCUACAACGCCCAACGCCUCGGGCAUCGGAAUCAAGAAACAGUUCCGUUCAGACAUCCUGGGAAUCAGCAUUGCCCUCAUCGUUGCUGCUGUCCUAGUCAUGGCAGUUUCGGUGAUCUAUGUUCAUAGCAAACAUAGGAAUUAUAAGAAGAUUACAGAGCAGGGGGAAGCUGUCCUGGAUGAGGAUGUUGCUCCGCGGACAUUUAGUUAUGUCGAUCUCUUUAGAGCAACAAAUAAUUUUGCCCAAGAAUUAGGCAAAGGGGGAUCCAGCACUGUCUUUAAAGGGACUUUGGAUGAUACCGGAAAGGUGGUGGCUGUGAAGAGGUUGGAGAAGAACUGUGGAGAAGGAAAGGAAUUCCAAAGAGAGGUGAGGACAAUUGGGAAGACUCAUCACCGUAAUUUGGUCCGAUUGUUGGGUUAUUCCCUCGAUGGACCAAAUAGGCUAUUGGUGUUUGAGUAUAUGACCAAUGGUUCCCUUGCCGACAUCCUCUUUAACCCCGAGAUGCGGCCGAGGUGGGAGGACAGAAUCAACAUUGCUCGAGAUGUUGCUAGAGGCAUUCUUUAUUUGCAUGAAGAAUGCGAGACUCAGAUCAUCCAUUGUGAUAUCAAAUCUCAAAACGUACUCAUGGAUGAGCACGGCCGAGCAAGGAUUUCAGAUUUCGGACUGGCUAAACUCCUAAAUCAAGACCAGACAAAUACGUACACAGGGGUUAGAGGAACAAAGGGGUAUGUUGCACCAGAAUGGCACCAGAGACAGCCUAUCACAGUGAAAGCAGAUGUUUAUAGCUUCGGCAUUGUGUUAUUUGAGAUCAUUUGUUGCCGAAAAAGUAUUGAUUGGAAUCUUUCAGAGGAUCAGGCCAUUCUUGAGGAAUGGGUUUAUAUGUGCUUCAGCAAUGGGAAUCUACAAGACCUCGUCGGUGAUGAGAUGGUAGACAAAAGAAAACUGGAGAGAAUCCUCAAAGUUGGGCUUUGGUGCAUUCAAUACGACCCAUCACUCCGGCCAUCCAUGAAAAAAGUCCUACUUAUGCUGGAGGGAACUGUCGAUAUCCCAGUGCCCCCAAGUCCAACUUCAUUCCUGAGUUCUGUGUAGUGCUUAAUACUAAUGUUUCUGCCUCAGUCUCUUCAAUUUGUUAGCAUCACACUUAUAUGCAUUGCGAAACACUAAAUCUUCCUGUAAUCAGUCUUUACAAUGGCAUGAUCAUGUUUUGUUUAAAUGCAACUAGCUUGCAUCCUUCCUUGA